AUGGACACCCUUCAUGCGCCAACCGUGCCCUCAGGGCCGACAUCCAAUUUGAGUCAGAGAAACGGUGAUGUAGGGAACCUGAGCUUUGGAGAACUCCAGCGGAAGAAGGAUGAUUUGGAGGCAGAACUAAAAGCCCUGGGAAGCGUCCUUGAUUCGCAUGGCGUUGAUAUGGAAACGCCGCUGUUGACCAGAGAUGGCUUUCCUAGAGCAGAUCUUGAUAUCGCCCAGAUUCGCACAACAAGAGCGCGCAUCAUACGCCUACGUAACGACUACAAAAGUCUCAUGGGGGUGAUUGAAAAGUAUCUCCACGAGCAUUUUGCCAACCUCCAAGAGGGAGACGCAGCCCCAAGCACGGCUGGGGAGGAGCUCCGGAUUUUGCCUGAUUCCCAAUCCGAACAGCUGGAUGAGCCGUUUGCAAAAGUUAAUUCCGUUGCGGCAAACAGUCCGGCCCAGCAGGCUGGCUUACAACCUGGCGAUGAGAUUCGCAACUUUGGCUACGUGAACCGAUCCAAUCACGAUGGUCUCAAAAAGGUGGCAGAAUGUGUUCAGGGUAAUGAAGGAGGAAACGUAUUCAUCAAAGUAUCUCGGCCCGAUGGAGUUGCUCGUCGCCAAGAGCUGAGAUUAACGUUGACUCCGAGGAAAGAUUGGGGUGGACGAGGGAUGCUAGGCUGCCACAUCUUGCCUCUGUAG